CAGCCAGCAGAGCAGCCAGCAGAGCAGCCACGAGGAUGAUUCUGGCCGGUUCCUGAGUCCUCGGGUGCAGGACGGAAGCACUGCCAGUAACUCCAACCGCAGCUCGCCAGCCUGCUCCCCGGUCCUCCGGAAGCGGUCUCGCUCGCCAACCCCACAGAGCCCUGACGGAGACACCAUGGUGGAGAAGGGAUCAGACCACUCUUCGGACAAGUCGCCCUCCACGCCGGAGCAGGGUGUGCAGCGCAGCUGCUCCUCACAGUCGGGCAGGAGUGGUGGCAAGAAUUCCAAGAAAAGCCAGAGCUGGUAUAAUGUGUUAAGCCCCACUUACAAGCAGAGAAACGAAGACUUCAGAAAGCUCUUUAAGCAACUUCCAGACACGGAGCGCCUCAUUGUUGAUUACUCGUGUGCACUCCAAAGAGACAUUCUCCUUCAGGGCCGACUCUACCUCUCUGAAAACUGGAUCUGCUUCUACAGCAACAUCUUCCGCUGGGAAACUCUGCUGACUGUCCGUUUAAAAGACAUCUGCUCCAUGACUAAAGAAAAAACAGCUCGCCUCAUUCCCAAUGCCAUCCAAGUUUGCACUGAUUCAGAAAAGCACUUUUUUACUUCGUUUGGGGCCCGGGAUAGGACGUACAUGAUGAUGUUCCGGCUGUGGCAGAAUGCGCUCCUUGAAAAGCCACUGUGUCCCAAGGAGCUCUGGCACUUCGUUCACCAGUGCUACGGGAACGAGCUGGGCCUGACCAGUGACGACGAGGACUACGUGCCCCCCGACGACGACUUCAACACGAUGGGCUACUGUGAGGAAAUCCCCGUAGAAGAGAAUGAAGUGAAUGACAGCUCGUCCAAAAGCAGCAUAGAGACCAAGGCAGACGCCAGCCCGCAGCUGCCCAAGAAGUCCGUCACCAACAGCACGCUGACGUCCACCGGGAGCAGCGAAGCCCCUGUCUCGUUUGACGGCCUGCCCUUGGAGGAGGAGGGGCUGGAGGGUGACGGGGCCCUAGAGAAGGCGCUUGCUAUCGACAGUAUCAUGGGAGAGAAGAUGGAGAUCCUCGCGCCUGUGAACUCCCCCUCGCUGGACUUCAACGACAAUGAGGACAUCCCCACCGAGCUCAGCGACUCCUCUGACACCCACGAUGAAGGGGAGGUCCAGGCCUUCUACGAGGACCUGAGUGGCCGGCAGUAUGUGAAUGAGAUUUUCAACUUCAGCGUGGACAAGCUCUAUGACCUCCUGUUCACCGACUCGCCCUUCCAGCGGGACUUCAUGGAGCAGCGGCGCUUCUCAGAUAUCAUCUUCCAUCCAUGGAAGAAGGAAGAGAAUGGAAACCAGAGCCGACUGAUUCUUUACACCAUCACCCUCACCAACCCCCUGGCUCCCAAAACUGCCACUGUCAGGGAGACACAGACCAUGUACAAGGCGAGCCAGGAAAGUGAGUGCUACGUGAUAGACGCCGAGGUCCUCACCCACGACGUGCCGUACCACGACUACUUCUACACCAUCAACCGCUACACACUCACGCGCGUGGCCCGCAACAAGAGCCGGCUCAGGGUCUCCACAGAGUUGCGCUAUCGGAAACAGCCCUGGGGGUUGGUGAAGACUUUCAUCGAGAAGAACUUCUGGAGUGGGCUGGAAGACUACUUCCGCCACCUGGAGAGCGAGCUGACCAAAAUCGAGAGCAGCUACCUGGCGGAGAUGCACAGACAGUCUCCCAAAGAGAAGGCCGGCAAGCCUCCCACGGUGCGGAGGAGGAAGCGUCCCCAUGCCCACCUGCGGGUGCCCCACCUGGAAGAGGUGAUGAGCCCCGUCACCACACCCACUGAUGAAGAUGUGGGCCACAGGAUCAAGCAAGUGGCAGGUUCCACGCAGACACGGCAUAUCCCCGAGGACACCCCCAACGGUUUCCACCUGCAGAGUGUGUCCAAGCUGCUGCUGGUGAUCAGCUGUGUCCUGGUGCUGCUGGUCCUCCUUAACAUGAUGCUUUUCUACAAACUCUGGAUGCUGGAAUACACCACCCAGACCCUCACUGCCUGGCAGGGCCUGCGGCUCCAAGAAAGGUUACCCCAGUCUCAGACAGAGUGGGCCCAGCUCUUAGAGUCCCAGCAAAAGUACCACGAUACUGAGCUCCAAAAGUGGAGAGAGAUCAUCAAAUCCUCGGUGAUGCUCCUCGACCAGAUGAAGGACUCACUCAUCAACCUCCAGAACGGCAUCAGGUCCCGCGACUACACGUCAGAAAGUGAAGAGAAGAGGAACCGCUAUCAUUGACAAGGCAGGAGCAGGGUGGCUGCAAGAGGCCUGUGCAAUACAUGUACAUAGACCAUAUAAAUAUAUAUAUAUAUAAAUA